UAUUUUAGGGUUUUUGCAGUGUCUUUUAUACUCUUUUUACAUAUAUAGGGAGUCCUUAUCUACUUGUGUCUCUUUGUUCUUACAUUUCGCAAUCUGUUCCGAACCACACAGGCUUCAACAAAGAUGAAUGUGGAACGGUUGAUGAAGAUGGCCGGUUCUGUUCGAACCGGUGGAAAGGGUACAAUGAGAAGGAAGAAGAAGGCAGUCCACAAGACAACUACUACCGAUGACAAAAGGCUCCAAAGCACCUUGAAGAGAAUUGGGGUAAAUGCUAUCCCUGCAAUUGAGGAAGUCAAUAUCUUCAAAGAUGAUGUAGUUAUCCAGUUUCUAAACCCCAAAGUACAAGCAUCUAUUGCUGCCAAUACUUGGGUUGUUAGUGGCUCUCCUCAAACAAAGAAGUUGCAGGAUAUUCUCCCUAGCAUCAUCCAACAAUUAGGGCCAGAUAACUUGGAAAAUCUGAAGAAGCUAGCUGAGCAAUUUCAGAAGCAGGCUCCUGAAGCAGGAGCCACUGCACAAGAAGAGGAUGAUGAUGCAGUGCCAGAUCUUGUCCCGGGGGAGACUUUUGAAACAGCUGCCGAAGAGACUAAGACAGCUGCUGAGGAGACUAAGCCAGCUGCUGAGGAGACUAAGGCAUAGAGAACUAUGCCAUCUUCAUAUAUUUUUGUUGUCUUAAAAGAUUAUUCUCUUUAAAAAAAUAGAAUGUUUCAGGUGUUGCCCAAUGCUCAUUAAAAUACUUUUUUAAAUCUGCUCUUGAUGAUCUAACUUAGUUUUACUACUUGACUGCACCUGAGUUUGUCUAUUGUAUGUGCAUCAUUUUAUGUCGUAGUAAUCAAUUUUGUCCA